UACAGAACUGAAAUCAUAUCGGUUUGAGCUGCUAGUCAAUCAACAAUUCACCAUUUCACUGUCGAACCAAGAAAGCUCGGAAUUUCGUCGCUUGGCCGACGAAAUGGAGUCGGCUCUUCGAGAUCUCUUCUUCUCCCUUCCGGGGAAAGCCACCUGCACUCUUCGCAGGAUCGAGAAUGUGGUGGAGGUGUCGCGCAAGAAUUAUUGUCGAGCGACGAUUGAUAUUCUGACGGGGGCGGAUAAGGAGACCCUGAGCCGAUCAGUAAGAAGUAUCGUCAAUGCCGGCGUCGUCGGUAGGUACAACGUGAAGGAGGAAAGCUCUGGUCUCAACCUCAGAGACAUUCAACCGCCACAAGGAAGCUGUGGAAAUGACUUCGUCUGCGACACAGGAGAAUGCGUGUCGGUGUCACUCCGAUGCAACGGCGCGAGGGACUGCACCGACGGCAGCGAUGAAUUCGGCUGUAGCACCCUGGGUAAGUCUUGUCGUUUCGGA